AUGAAACCAGACUGGUGGCCUGGAGAGGAUCACGAGCAGUUCACAGAAUGGGCCAUUUCGCAAGGAAUCAUUGCGAAUGGGGUCGGGCCUGCGCGGUUUCCAGGUCGCGGUUUGGGGAUGAUAGCCACGCGAAAUAUAGCAGAAGAUGAAGCCAUUGUGACCGUACCAUUGAAAGCAAUGCUAACCUCUGAGCGUAUCCCGUCUUCUUUCACCAGCAAAUUUCCAGAGGGGACACCCACUCAUGCACUAUACGCUGCGUUUCUCACGAAUGGCAGCGCAGAAGACCUGGAAGAGUUCAAGGCGUGGAGAAACACUUGGCCUAGUCGCCAAGAUUUUGAGGACAGUAUGCCCAUUUUGUGGUCAGAGUCUCUGCGGAACUACCUGCCACCCUCAAUCUCGAGCCAUUGGCACAGUAUACGAAGCCGAGACAAGCUCCAGUACGAGACAUUCCAUCAGAAUCUUCUUGCUCAACAGGAACAAAGAUUGCGCACGGCUUGGGAUAUCGUCGUAUCCGUCUCCCCAGAUACUGAUUGGGAGGCAUUUUCAUACCACUGGCUUAUAGUCAACACGAGAAGCUUUUUCUAUUUGAUGCCCGGCCAGGAGCCACCCGAGGAUCGAAAUGACGCUAUGGCCCUGCUGCCGUUUGCUGAUUAUUUUAAUCAUUCUGAUGUUGCGUGCAAUGUAAAAUUUGAUGGUGAGAAAUAUGUUUUCCGAGCCACUAAACACUAUGACGAAGGAGAAGAGAUAUACAUGAGUUAUGGACCUCAUCCUAACGAUUUCUUGUUCGCUGAAUAUGGCUUUUAUCUCGAUGAGAAUGAGUCCGAAACAUUAUACCUCGAUGAUAUAAUAUUAAAGGAUCUUAGCCCAUCGCUACAAGAGGAACUAGAGUUACAGCAGUACUACGGUAACUACCAGUUAACGGCCACUGGCGUGUGCUACCGUACCGAGAUUGCCGCGUGCAUAAACUAUAUGCCUCUGAAAAACUGGCGGAACUAUGUACUAGGUUAUUCUGCUCAAGGUGCCGACGAGAAGAAAUUGGAGAUUAUCGUCCAAGGGUGGAUAAGAGCGUAUUCAAACGAAGCAGAUACGAUAAUCACCGCCCUGGAGAAAUUCGAAUCUAGCCAAGCGGAUCAGAAAGAUCAACAAAGGGCAAAGAUGCUGAGGAAGCGAUGGACACAGAUUAAGAACCUCUGUGAUAAAGCCUCCGAAGCCGUACUUUGUUAA